GAGUGAAAUAUUAUAUAAUAUUUUUUUUCUGUCAAGUGGAAAAGAAAAUAGAAAAUAACAUAUUGGUUUUUCUAAAUAAAAUCACGUUAAGUUUAUUUGAAAUUCUAUUUCAUAAAAAUGGAAAAGGAUGAAGCAAUUUCUAGGAAAGAGCGGUUUUCAAAAGCCACCAAGAAGUCACAUCGCAUAUCUUAUGAAAAUGAGGACGCCACACGUUCGGCGCUGAUCGAGUUCUGUAUCUACAUCUGCUUUCUUGUGGUGACGCUUUUGGUGGCCUCUUCUUCACGCAACAUGUCUAUGUACUUCUUCACCAAAGAUAUCGAAAAUCUAUUCUUAUCACGUGAAGUCAAUACGUCCUCACAUGAAGCUUCCGUGAGGUUUGCUGACUUAGCCACUACAGCAGACAUGUGGGCAUUUCUGGAAACUAAAUUCGUCAUGGAUCUCCAUGGUAUAGAUGAUAGAGAAGGGGCAAUUGAAGAUGACCACGAAGGAAGUGAAAAUCGCAGACGCCGUUCCGCUGAAGACAAGCUCAUAUUUCAAGAACAAAAUCUCGUAUUGGGACCACCGCGACUGCGGCAGAUACGUGUGAAAGAGAAUAGUUGUGAUGUUCACAAUGUCUUCGGAAGGUAUUUCUCCAAGUGCUACGCAGACUAUUCCAGUAGUGAUGAAGACACUUCCGACAUAUAUAAGGGUACCAAAUACAGUACUCUCAGCGCAUUAGGCGCUGAUUCAAUUUGGGGUCAAAUCACAACCUAUCGCGGUGGUGGUUUUGUGAGAAGCUUGUCUUACAACUUCAACGAGAAUAAUAAAAUUUUGUCUGAUUUGAAGUCACGAAAGUGGCUGGAUCGCGCUUCUCGUUUAAUACUAGUGGAAUUCACCCUCUACAAUGCGAAUAAAGAUUUGGUAAAUAAUAUUAAAUUUAUUGGGGAAUUGCCGUCAACCGGUGGUGUGGUCACCACUUUUAGCAUAGAGUCGGUGAAAUUGGCCUCAGUUUUUUGGAGAGACGGCAUAACGAUAUUGGUAAUAGGCGUUAUAUUUUAUCUUUUCGUUUUGUAUUACACCACAGUUGAGAUUUUGGAAGUUAUACGCAUCGGUUUCACCAAUUAUGUGCGCAUACUGUGGAAUUUUGUGGAUUUUCUUAUAAUUGCUUUAGCAUACUGCACACUCAUGUACAACAUUUGGCAUCCGUUUUACGUAGGCGGGCUAUACAAACGUUUUGAGAAAAGCCCAAAUGAUUACCUACAGUUGGACAAGCUGUGCUUCUGGAACUUGACAUACCGUGCUAUCUUCGCCAUUUGUGCAUUUCUUGUGUGUAUGAAAAUAUUGAAAUUCAUUAGCUUCAAUAAAACAAUGCGUCAGUUCAAUGCAACAGUGAGCACAUGUUUUCGUGACCUUUUGGGCUUUAGCGUUAUGUUCGGUAUUGUCUUUUUGGCUUACGCUCAGAUGGGUCUAUUACUCUUCGGUAAUGUUCACCAUGAUUUUCGCAACUUCAAAGAGUCCUUGUUGACGAUGAUCCGUAUGAUAUUGGGUGAUUUCGACUACGACGGUAUAGAAGCGGCGAAUCGUGUAUUGGGGCCAAUAUACUUUUUAACAUAUAUAGUGUUGGUGUUUUUCAUAUUACUGAAUAUGUUCCUGGCUAUUAUUAAUGACACAUAUAGUAGCGUGAAAAGUGAUAUUAAAGGCGGCCGCAAUUAUUUGUCAACUUAUCUCCGUAAAUUACUAAAUAAAUACUGCCCGAAGUGGUGUCAUUGUGGUGCGUCAAAAGAUGAAGAGCUUGGCCCAUCAAGGGAGGGGACUCCAUCACGCGAUGCAAGUCCACAGAGUAAUCAAACGAAACGUUCUGUGGGCAAGGAUAAUGUAGUAGAUUAUUUUGAACCCGUCGGACGACAACAAACGCAGAACCAAAGUGCAGAUCCUGCGGCUAUUAGUCGUUUAACAGCACGUGUUGCAGCUUUGGAGGAUGUCAUCGAACAGCUGAUCGGAGAUGUGGAUCGGACAAUGCGCAAGAUUUUGCCACGUCGACGUCGACGACAAAAUGCGAGACAAGACUCGCCCUCUCAACAGGCGGAACGCUAAAUAAAAUUCGUAGGAGAAUAUUCCCAUAAUACAAGUAUAAUUUGUGGUCAAAGAAUUUAUGUUUGUUUUUGCCUAGCAAGUAGCUGCAAUAAUUUGUUUCGUAAAAGUUGUAAAUAUACUUUUUGAUGAAUAUGUAUAGAACAUGUAUUGGAGUUCAUAAAAAUUACGAUAAAAAUGUGCGAAAAUGAAGCAAAUGCAAAAGCGUUAACUUUGUAAUAAAGCCGAAAUAUCAGAAUAA